AUGGUGGGACUGAGAAACUGCUCGACAUGGGAACCAUUGCUACUCAAGGCUUCCUGCAUCAAGUCGUGUGCCAACGGCUGCUCCCUGGGCAUCACUGCACACCUUACUUAUGCCAAUGCUGACAUAGAGUCUGUAGAAGGUGUGUUUGUGUACCCUCUGGGGGAAAAGGAGGUCGUAGUGGGCUUUGAGGCUGUGAUUGCGGGCCGGUUGGUGGGGGUCCAGAUCCAGAGCCGAGGGAAACUGAAGGACUGCUGUUUGGAUUGCUGCCCUGGAUCUGGUCUUGACGGCCACUGUGGAAAUGGGCGGGAGUGGGGAUGCUGUGGGAGCUCCAGUCUCGACAUGCAAUGCACCAAUGGACAUCUCAUCCUGGAUGAAGACCUUGAAAGGACCACCUUCAUUGUGGGCACAGGCGUCAUUGGCCCCAUGGAUAUCGUGUCCGUUGUCAUAAGCACCACGUUAGAACUCCCCACAUUAGAAAACGGAGCAAUCCGUAUUGUCUACCCAGCAUUGCUUACCCCAAUCGUCACUGGCCAGAUGACUUCAAGCAAGAGUGAAAAUGGGGGGAAAUCUGAAGAAAAUGGACCAACCAGCUGUUUUGGUGCCACCUCAGGAAAACAAGACCGGGCCCUAGACUCAGAGCAGCAGUGUGCCCAUGCCAUCUUCACAAGUCCAGCUGCCAACCUGGCACCCUAUGAACUCAACUUCCAGCUGCUGGUCAGAGGGGCCUGCCUACUGGCCGGCUUGGAGAGCCCUACUCACGCUCUAAGGGCAGAUGCAGACCCCAGUGCCCAAAGUGCCUCUGCUACCUACAUCACCUUGGCACAGGAGCAUCCGUAUGACAGACACAUAGAGAUCAUUCUGCACCUCAGCGAACCUCACAGCCCAUUGGUCAUAUUAGAGAGAGGCAGGCUCUCAUUCAGCCAGUAUGAACAGCAGAUCUGUUCACGCCGUGAUUUCAUCCGCUGCACCUGCAAGGAUUCGGAACCUCAGAGGAAGUUGGAGUUUGUGAGGAAGCGAUACCACAAAGACAUUCUGAACAGUCCCGUCUUGAUGCUCAACUUCUGUCCCGACUUGCUAUCGGAGCCUCUGGAGCUGCACAAAGCCACCAGAGAACUGCUGUUCCUCGUGGAUCGCAGUGGCAGCAUGAGUGGCACCAACAUCCGUCGUGUGAAGGAAGCCAUGGUGGUGGCACUGAAGAGUCUCCCCUCGGGCACCAUGCUCAACAUCGUGGGCUUCGGCACCAACAUCAAGCCUCUGUUCACCUCCAGCAAGCUCAGCACUGAUGUCACUCUAAUGCAGGCAUAUGAGUACGUCCAGAGGAUGAGAGCCGACAUGCGAGGCACCAACCUGCUGGGGGCGCUGUCCUGGGUGUACCAACAGCCCAUGCAGCGCUCAUAUCCUCGCCAGGUCUUCAUUAUCACAGAUGGAUCCAUCAGCAAUGUGGCUAAAGUGCUGGAGCUGGUCCGCAGAAACACAUGCGCUGGCAGAUGCUUUGGCCUGGGCCUUGGUCCCCGAGCCUGCAGGAGACUCCUGCAGGGCGUUGCCAAACUGACAGGAGGGACGACAGAGUUCUUGGAUGAUGAGGAGAGACUCCAGCCCAAGUUAAUCAAGUCUCUGAAAAAGGCCUUUGAACCUGUGCUGACUGAUGUACGGAUUGACUGGUACCUGCCAGAAAACAUGGAGGCUUUUCUUUCACCCAAUGAAAUCCCUCCGCUCUACCCUGGGAAUCGUCUGAUAGGCUACUGCACCCUAUUCGAUAUGACGAAUUUCAAGGCGAAAAAGACAGAGUCUCAAGGACGGUGCUAUAAAGGUGUACAUCGUGGCUCCACGGGUUCAGUUUUUGGCCAAUCAAAUGAUGAGCUUUCACCUCCUCCUGCAUCUGAAUUAAUGCCUGUGGUGACAUGUGCAGAUGGCACCGACUUGGAGGAGGCACUGAGAGAGAUUUCCAGAGAAAUCUCCUCUGAGUUCUCAUGUGCCAGAGACACAGACCCUGGCACCAGCCCAGGUGUGGAGCUGGACUGGUCCAGUGACGUGAGGAGGAGGAUCCAGGAGAGCUCUUAUAUCCAGGAGCAGUACGUCCUUACUCGCUGCUCCCUCAGCAGCGAGCGGAGUCUACAAACGCAGUCCCACUCACACAUACACGCCUCGUCCAACUCUGACUCUGCAGCCGGGGUUUUUUUGCCUGACCCUCGCUCCUCUGGUUCAGUGCUGGAUACAGGCUCUCUGCCCCAAGGCCUUGAAAAGAUGCCCCAUCCGGAACAGAGAUCAUCCCUGUCCCGCUGGGCAGACUCCGCGUGGCAGCAAAAUCUCUCAGCAGAAACCCCUGACAACGAGGCAGAAAAGAGUGGGCGUCUGGAUGGAGGUGAGGAGUGUCGUCGAAGACAUAAAGUGCUGGCUCGUUCAACCAUGGCAGCACGGAGUUUCUCGUCCCCCCAGGGCGAGCUGGAGAUGCAUCGCCUGAGGAGAGCUCUGGAGAGGGUCUCCUUCGACCAAACGCUGGGAGGGCGGCUGGAUGAAAGCGAUGGGGAGACGAAGCCCCCAUCAAGAGGGACAUUGUCCCACAGGAGCCUCACUGACUCCAAUGGACUCCUGUUCCCUGCCUCUCCUCUGGACUGGGACAGCUUCACAGACCCAGAGUACCUCUUUACUGCCGUUCCACCAGAGGAUCCCCCGCCGGGUCAGUGCCGCUCGCUCAUUCACGGCAUGCUGGGUGGCAGACCUAUGUCCUGGGAGGUCACUGUGGACCUGGGGCACCUCUGGACCCCUGAGGGCCAGGAGACACCAGCAGUUGAGGGAUGUGGAGGAGGAGGAGGGGAGGAAGGAAGAGGAGGGGAACCAUGGGAGGAGAUCAUUCACCAACUGACUGCUCGCUCAGUUAUAAGGGACUUUGAGAAAAUGGCAGAGAAGGAGAGCGACACUGGACACGGUUCAGCGAAGCGAUACCGUAUGAAGGCUAUCCAGACCAGUAAGCAUUGUAACAUCAUCUGCAUGUACACAGCCUUCACUACCACUGAUAAAAACCCCAACAAAGGCUUGCCAGACAGCAUGGAUGCCCAAAACACAGGGGUACAUUUGGGGAACCGGCGGAGUGCCCAGUCAGGCAGUCGCAGGCAGAGGGCCUAUUCUGUUGGUUUGGGCAGACGGCGCACCAGCGGAGACAGUGAAGAGAUUGAGGACACCUGGAACUCUACAGACAGAGAUGACACUCCUGCGUCACCCUGUAGCCUUACAUCCUGGGACUCUAGUGUAGGGGGCAGUGCCUUCUCUGCUACAGCCCCAGCAAUAGCAGGUGCCUCAUGCACUCGUUCACAGCGAUCUAUCGAGAGCAAGUCAAUGGAGAGCUUUUUUGGUGCCAGAUUUCCACUGGGCAGACUCAGGUCCUCUAUUUCAUCAGGAAAGCAGGUUCCUCUCAAGUCCCAUUGUCUGUCUGCAGAGACUGAGAAACGACCUGAAAUUGAAGCUCCAGACUACCUGCCCCUGGUGCGUCUGCAGCUGGCAUCAGGAGCUUUUCUUCUGACAGAGAUCUACUCUGACUGUGUUCAGAUCCCCCUGGACCGCCUAAAGAGGGCGUCACCCUACAGUCUCCAUCGCCGCAGCCUCAGCCCACCCUUCCGCUGCACAUCUCCCAGUGCUCCAUCUUUAUCCACCUCUACCAAGCUUCGUCGAAGACACCUGUCCGACAGAGACCCUGUCACCUCACCCCCUGACCUCCUCAGCUCCGAGGAGGGCUCCCUGGAGCUAUCUGUUGGCCCUUCUCCAAGCCAGAGCCACGGCCAGGCAGAUAGUGGUCGCGGAUCAGAGACAGAUGUAUGUGAAGGCUCGUUGGGAGAGCCAGCUGACCUCCAGGGGAGCAGCCAGUUGGCUCUAGAGGACCUGGAGGGCUCAAGCUGGGCCACAGCUGUGGCUCUGGCCUGGCUUGAGCACCGCUGUGCCGGUUACUUCAUGGAGUGGGAGCUGGUGGCAGCAAAAGCAGACUCCUGGCUACGCUGUCAGGAGCUGCCUGAAGGAGUGGACCUGGCAGGGCUGAAGGGAGCCGCCAGGCAGCUGUUCCUGCUGCUACGCCACUGGGACGAGAACAUCAAGCUGAACAUGCUGUGUUAUAACCCCAAUAAUAUGUGA